AUGGGCAAGAUCGACGAGAACGAGAGGAUAAUCCUCAACGUUGGGGGCACCAGACACGAAACGUACCGGAGCACCCUGAAGACAGUGCCAGGGACCCGGUUGGCACUCCUUGCAUGCGAAGCUCACAGUGACCAAGGACUGGACCAACAGCCUGUGCCCAGCUCCUUCCAGUGCACCUCCAGGGGCAAUGAGUUCUUCUUUGACCGACACCCCGGGGUCUUCGCGUACGUACUCAACUACUACCGCACUGGCAAGCUCCACUGUCCAGCCGAUGUUUGCGGCCCCCUCUUUGAAGAGGAGUUGGCUUUUUGGGGCAUUGAUGAGACGGACGUGGAGCCCUGUUGUUGGAUGACCUACCGUCAGCAUCGUGAUGCAGAAGAAGCGCUGGACAUCUUCGAGACCCCGGACCUAAUCACGGGAGAGCCGCCGCCUGUUGAUGAAGAUGACGAGGAUCUGGAUAAGAGACUGGGCAUUGAGGACGUGGUGGGUCCUGAUGGCAAGGCUAGUCGCUGGAGAAGGUUACAACCCCGCAUUUGGGCUUUAUUCGAAGAUCCUUAUUCUUCCAGAGCCGCCCGGUUCAUCGCUUUUGCUUCCUUGUUUUUUAUCCUGGUAUCAAUAACAACAUUUUGCCUGGAAACCCAUGAAGCAUUUAAUACGAUCAUUAACAGAACAGAGCCAGCUAAUAAUGGCACGGAAAUGGUGUCAUUAAUUGAAAUUGAGACAGACCCUGCCUUAACAUAUGUAGAAGGAGUCUGUGUGGUGUGGUUCACAUUUGAAUUUUUUGUGCGGAUUACUUUCUGCCCCAACAAGCUUGAAUUUGUCAGAAAUCUUUUAAAUAUUAUAGACUUUGUGGCUAUUUUGCCAUUUUAUUUAGAGGUUGGACUAAGUGGGCUGUCAUCCAAAGCUGCUAAGGACGUGUUAGGGUUCCUAAGAGUUGUGAGGUUUGUUCGUAUCCUUCGAAUUUUCAAGUUGACUCGUCAUUUUGUAGGACUAAGAGUGCUUGGGCACACUCUUCGAGCUAGCACUAAUGAAUUUUUGCUUCUCAUAAUAUUUUUGGCUCUAGGAGUCUUAAUUUUUGCCACAAUGAUCUAUUAUGCAGAGAGAAUUGGGGCCAGUCCCACUGACCCAUCAGCUAGUAAUCAUACACAGUUCAAAAACAUUCCAAUUGGAUUUUGGUGGGCUGUAGUUACCAUGACUACACUGGGAUAUGGCGACAUGUAUCCUCGGACAUGGUCAGGGAUGUUAGUAGGAGCACUAUGUGCUUUGGCUGGAGUUCUUACAAUAGCAAUGCCAGUGCCAGUCAUUGUUAACAAUUUUGGAAUGUACUACUCACUUGCAAUGGCAAAACAAAAGCUUCCAAGAAAAAGAAAGAAAUACAUUCCGCAUGCUGCUCAAGCUGAUUCCCCUACCUUUUGCAAGAUGGAUUUGAACAUGGGAUGUAACAGCACUCAAGUGGAUGCAUGCCUAGGAAAAGACAACAGGCUCAUGGACCACAGCAUGUCAGGUGAAGAUAGUUCAGGAAGUGAUCAACCACUUUCACCUGGAGAGCGCCAUCCAAUAAGACGUUCUAGCACUAGAGAUAAAAACAGAAGAGCGGGAACUUGUUUUCUUCUGACCACAGGUGAUUACACAUGUAGCACUGAUGGAGGGAUUCGGAAAGGGAAAUACAGCUAUACCAAUGUGCUUCCAAAUGAUAAUCAACACUUCAUUGAACGUUCAUUUCUUGUGAGUUUCUGAUCCAUUCUGAAGAUGUCUGGGAUCCUGUGUUUACCUGCUCGCAGUGUAAAAGAUCAGACCAUUUGCUUGGGCCAUUCCGUCUACACAUCAUCUCAACGCAGUGUUGCCGAUUACUGGGGCUGUGAAAUAGCUCUGAAUAUACGCUUGGCAUCGUAUCAUUUGCUAAACAGUUGUUCUGCCGUAAACAUUUUUUCUCCUUAUUUCUUUUGGUAUUUUUAGCUAAAGUUUGAUUUACGUUUAUACUGUGCUGAAAAAAAAAAAAAACUUGUAAUAGAGUUCCGAAUGUCUCUGGUUGUUUGCACACAGAUAACUGCAAAGAUGUUGUCAUUACUGGUUACACGCAAGAGGCCAGAUCUCUUUCAUAAUGGCUUGGGGAGGCACAAUACAUGUGAAAAAGGUAAAUGCCAUCCAGGCUAAUGAUUCUAAGCGAGCAGAUAUAUUAUUAUGAUUUAUCCUUUUUACACCAGGGUUCUUCAACAUUUUCAAAUACAGAUUUUGACAAAAUAAACAAUACAAAAUUAGACUAAAUAUGGCCAAUUACUUUCAAUGUAAUAAAAAGGGUCAUGUAUAGAAGUUUGUUGACCAGCCUCAAACAUCUGGCUUUAACAUUUUGCACAAUUUCCAAUUCAGUAAUUUUGUUUUUUCACUUUUUAAAAUUCCUUUUUACGUUUUAUGUCAUAAAUGUUCAUGUUGGUUUGUCUAACCAGCUGUUAAAAUGUUCCAUCCACCCUUCUUUAAAUUUAAUACAAGGCUUCACUCUUUUAUUUUGUGUUUUGCUGUGUUUUAUGUGCUUUGAGUAUGGUUGAUGUCCUAUCAAACUGUAAAAUCUAGAGACAGUAUUAGCCUUAAUAAUGUCACCGCAGGUAAAAUAUUAAUGUUUGCCAACAGCAGCAGUGAUUGCCUUACUUUAGUACCAACAAUCUGUACUGUACAUAUUAAUACAAUAAUUAAGAGACAAUAAGAGAAAAAAUAAA